AUGAGUCUAGAAGAGUACUUGCGAAUACCUACUCCACCUCAAAGAACCCCAUGCAACGAAUGUAAAAGAUAUAAAACGAAAUGUUCAGAUGAACAUGUUCGUUAUCUUUCCCCACCUCCAUUCAAUGCCUUGCAAACU